AUGUUGAAUAAUUAUAAUAAUUACAAUCGAAAGAAGAAGGCUGAGGCAUUAUUUUUGAAUGUUAAACCUGUUAACACCACAGCAGUACGAAAAUAUAGUAAUGCGUUACUGGACCGCAUGGAUAGUGGAUUUGAAGGUAUCGAAAGUCGACGUGGCACUCGACACUCUAUAUCGACUAUUAGUUCAAUGAAUCCACAAUUCACACCAAGCGUUUUCUAUCGUAAUAUUGCACCUGCUCAAUGGUUUUUACGCAUGAUAGGUGUUAUGCCUAUAACAAGGUCAAGACCAGGACAUAAUCAAUUUUUAAUAGCCUCGCUGUCGUUCGGUUAUUCGAUAAUAUUUUUUAUUUUCUUGACGGUUUAUGUGGUAUUUGUUGCAAAUAAUCGGAUUAAUAUUGUAACCUCACUGACGGGUCCAUUUGAGGAAGCUGUUAUCGCCUAUUUAUUUUUGGUGAAUAUUUUACCCAUUUUUCUUGUGCCGAUUAUGUGGUGGGAAGCAAAAAAGAUAGCUACUUUGCUUAAUGAUUGGGAUGAUUUUGAGGUUUUGAAGUUGCUUGCGGAGGGUCACCGGCUUUUGACAAUGAAGGCUUGUGUUGGAUUUUAUCAUACUUAA